CAGCGGGCGGGCCCCUUUGUGACGCCACAAUCAGCUGUUUGAACGUUCUAAUUUCUGAGCCGAGAUCAACCGGGGAUUCAGCAAUAACAGAAAAAUAAGAAUACCAAGACUGCAGCCAGGGGAGGGAGGGCGUCCGGAUGCAGGAGCAGCCGCAGGCCGCUUGAAAUGGUGUAUAUCUUCUGAGAAGAUCCGAAAUACCGUUCACAUCAUCACCGCCGCCGCCUCCUUCUCUUCUUCUGCAUCCUCUUUGUUUGUGGGAGGGGGAUCUUUUUCAUUUUUCAUUUUUUUUUAAAACAACAAACAUCAUUUCUAUGAUCGCUUUCGGUUGAUUUCAAUUAAAACUACCUCACAGACUCUGCCUAAAGCCGGUGCUUAAAAAUUUUUUUUUGUCGGUUUUCUUUGAGACGUUGUUUACAAAACAUUUGAUGACAUUAAAGGCCAGGCCUUUGCACUGAAGCCAAGUGAAGAACUUUAUGAUUGCACUAUAUGUAACUCAACUCAGAUAAGACCUCGCUAAGAAACGAGUAGUUCCUGCCUUUCAGAAAGAUUUUUCCAUCAAGUCAUCCCAGUCUCUACUUCUCAUCAGCAACUUCCAGCUCCACACACUGAAGCAGGCAUCUAGAAACUCAUUUCCAUCUGUCUUCAUCACAAAGCCCACUUUGGAAAUCAUCCUCCAGCCAUGUUCCAGCGCUUCACCAGCCUCUUCUUCAGUGACACCAGCAUCCCUGAGGUCCUUGAAGAACCCAAGCCCUUUGUCUCUGAAGAGGAAGAAGAUGAUGGGUGGCUCAUUAUUGACCUACCAGAUAGUUAUGCUUCAGCCUCUAGCAAAGAGCGGUGGGUAGGUGAGAAGGAUUCCGUUUGCACUUCUCAUUGCCGCCAUGGGUCCCCUCCACCUACCACGUCUUCGCCCCACUCCCUCAGUGACUGUGUCAGCAGGUCCAUGCCCUCUCAGCCUGACCCCUGCUUGAUGGACGAGAGUUGGUUUGUUACCCCUCCCCCCUGUUUUACUGCAGAAGGUCCUGAUCCUGUCAACAUGGAGAGCAACCCAAUGGAAGACCUCCUGAUAGAACAUCCCAGUAUGUCCGUUUACGUCACCAGCAGCAGCAUCGUCAUGGAGAGCGAGAGUCCUGAGGAGCACAUCCAUGAGGGCGAGGUACCUGAACACUAUUUACAACACCGUGCUCCCCACCACUCCAACUCUCUUGCCAGCAAGGCUGCCAUCUUGGAGAAAGUCAACCAAGUGCGUCGGAUUCAGCGGGCAAAGCAGCUGGUGGAGAAGCACAAGCUCAGUCAGAAAGCAAUGCAGCGGCAGAAUUGCACCAGAGAGUGCCGCCCACGUCGGGCCAAACACCAAGGCAGCUUUGUCUACCAACCAUGCCAGCGCCAGUACAACUAUUAAGCUACUUCAGGAAGUCUACACCGUGGGGCAUUAUCCUUUUAACUCUCAGCUUUGCCGUUUUUUUUCCACAAAGCUUUCUUCAGCCAAGAGGGUCGUCUUCAUCCAUUUUCUGAAAUAAACCCAUCCCCCUGUGAGAGAACCUCCUCCAUUCUCCUGAAUUGGCACCAUUCAAUAGUAGUUCAACAAAAUAUAUAUUUUCUGAUCUAUAACUUCCUUUCCUUUUGCAGUUUUAUUCUUCCUCACUGUCCUCCAUACUCCUAUGAAUGUGGAUUUGGAUCUGGAGCUGAAAGUGCAAGAAAGCCAGCAUGUCCCACUAAAUAAUAAGGCUUCAGCUCUAUUUUGAACCCCCAAGCAAUGUUUUUUUUAAGUGUUGAAGAAAUGUAUAUGUUAUAUUGAUUACCAAAAGGGAAAAAUUCUCUUUGGGUGGGUAUUUUCCUUGGUUCCUAGAUAGCCUGAAUUGAUACACUGGCUCUUGUAGUGGUUACCAGUGUUAGACUAAUUUGGUGCUUCCAGUGAAUAUAUCACAUUUUGGUUUUUUAAACGAAGCAUAGGGGGCCACGGGGUCCUGUGAUUUUCUUUUGUCCCUUGUUGUUGCACCAGGGAGCCUGUGACAUCAGUGCCUUUCUUUAUGACAUCACAUUCUUCACAGUGAAAACAGACUGUGAUGUCACAAAUGGAGAUACCAGGUUCUUGUGCAAAUUGGAUCACAAAACUAUAACUUAGACCAAUAGGUCCCAAUUUCAUAACAAAAUGUAUCUUGUGACUGACUUCCACCCCUUACAAAUAUUAAUCGUAUAGUAUGAAUGGUAUAUUUGUUCUUCUCACUGUUGACGUGGUUGCUGGGCAUGAUAUAUUUUGGCACAUUUGCAAUGUUAUAGGGGUGCAAGACAGUUUCAUGGAAAGCCAUGGGAGUUUUCCCAUGGACUUCAAUGGAAAUGCGAUUGUACCUAAGUUUUCAGUUCCAAGUGUCAUGUGAUAUAAUGAGAACCUUUGCAGGUCCAUUUUGAGUAGCUGCACUUAUCAGCAGUGGUUUAAUGGGUUCUUUGUGAGUUCACAGUUGUGGAAACAUUAUGCUUGUUUUAGUGCCGUCCUUAAUCACAUAUGAUUUUUCCAAAAUGCAUGCACUGGGCUCUUCAAUCUGAUUUAUUGCAGGGUCAUCAUAGGUUUCUUUGCCGCAUCGUUCAUUGGUUCCACCCUCUUGCAGAAAACAUAAUGGUCGAGUGUUUUAUCCCAUGUUUGCAGAAUAAAUACAAUUGGAAUAUCUGAUACUUUUUAGAAGGCUAUGGGGAAAAUCCUGGUGAAAUUAUUAUGGACAUUUGUAAACAGAAAAGUGAAACAAGAAAAAAAAAGAACAAAAAUAAAAUUAGACAUUCCCAUUUUUUCAUAUAUUUGCCAUGAGGUUGUUUUGGGAAAUAAUCGCUAAUGAAAAGGCUUUCUGACACUGAAAGAGGGAAAGGACUACAAGUAAAGUGAAAAGAAAUUUCAAAAAAGAAGUUUGAAAAAUGAAGCCCUUUGUUUUGAUGACUUAGCGAGUUUGUGGGGAGGAUCACCACGCAGAUCUUGCCAAACCAGUUGCAGCAGUUUUCAAUGGGAAACCAUUAAACAUGAGAUUCAGUUCCUCCCAUGGGGUUCAGUAGGUUUUUUAAUUUUGGCUGGAUCCUGCCCUAACACUAGAUUCAGUAGUAAAAGAUCCCAUAUAAUACUUAACAUCCCAUCACCAAUGGAAUUGUUCAUGUUAUCGUGCUUUGGCUUUUGUGCUAAUGUCAAUGACCUCAGUAAAGAAAAGACUUACACAUAUUUAUACAGGUGGUAAAGUAUGUUGGCAAUAGGGUGAUGGAUGUGAAACUGAAAGACAGUGAAGGAGGCUGGGAGCCUUAAGACAAGGGUAGAAGGUAAAUAAUACAAGUGAAGGAGGAAGGAGAGAUUUGAAGCUGUUACAAAGUUGUAAGUUGGUGAUGUGGAGGUCUAGAUCUUAGAGGGUGGUGGGAGCAAAACCCAUGUCUGCAUUUUGAAAGAAACCUUUAAGAGUCUAGCAUUUCCAGGCUGUGUAUUGGACCAAGCAUGUUUGUUUUGUAGCCUGGAAGGUGUCUCCCCCAGAUAAAAUCAUUUCAGGAGUCACCUGGCUUCACAGCAAUUCUACUGGGCAAAGUUAUUACUCAAUACCAUGUGAGACACAUCUGUGACAAUGAGAAGGAAAAAGCCAACUUUUUUUCACAUAAGUUCUUUAACUGUUCAUUGCGUUUACCUUCUCUCUCCAAUCAAGGUAACCUGAGUGUUCAUAUUUGAUAACUUUUGAUUCUUGAACAGUUGCCCAAUAUAGAUGAAAUCUGAAUUUCCACUAUUUUCUAUAGUACUUAAUUCACCUCAUCUGAUUUUUGCUAUGAAACCUCAAUUACAAGCAUUUGGUUUAUACUGGGGAUUUAAUGAUAAUGUUAAACUAAAUUUUUUAGUAAGCCUUCAAGGCUUAAUUUGGGAGUGAUAAAAAGGAAAUGCUUUUUUUUUAACACGGAAAAGUACCUUUGGUUUGACUAUGUUUAUAUACCAAGCCUGAAAAGCCAGGUUGGCAUUUUUAUAUAUACUUAUAUAUAUAUAUAUAUUGCCUGUUAACAAACAGGGGAUGGAGCAGCUCCUAAAAUUAUAAUUCACUGUAUAUUGUGAUCUUCUGGAUUUAAUUUCCUAGCUAUCUCAAUUUGGGUUGGUUUUCUAAAAUAAAAUGCUUACUGGAAUCAGUGUUUUCCCACUACUGGGUGGAUCCAAAAAACUACUUCAGGUACACCUGAACGCUUAAAAUUUUUUAGUGGGAUUAUUACUUUGAAUGGUAGACCAUUAUGGUGUUUCAAAAUGUGCAUUUGGAACACAAACACACAAACCCUGGGGUUGCAAGGUCCCUCCUGGCCAUCAGUGGAGGGUGGGGGGAAGGUAGGGUUGCCACAUCUGAACUGGGAAGCACAUGGAGAUUUGGGGAUGGAGCCUGGAAAGGACAGGGACCUCAGUAGGAUAAAAAUAUCAUAGAGUCUACCCUUCAAAGCAUCCUUUUUCUCCAGUUGAACUGCAGUCUGGUGAAAUGCAGUGUAAUUCCAAGGGAUCCCCACGUCCCACCUGGAGGCUGUCAUCCCAAGCUUGCGUUUCUUGUUUAUGGGGACAGUUGCUGUUGCUGAUUGCCUCCUCAUUCUAAUGAAAUGGAUUGCAGAUGGGGGAGCCACCUGUGUAGGUCGGGAGCAAUUUAGUUGUCUUUGUGCCUGCAAUAGUUGUCAACAAGGCACCAGUAUUACACAGUUGUGUUAGAGCUUGCGGAAAGGCUUCUUGCAACUAUGGGGUAGAAUCUCAGGUGCUGGCAUUCUGUGUCUCCACCUUGGCCCUGAUUCCAUGUUAUCACCAGGAGCUGCAGCUGAGAAACGCAUGUCAGAAUUCUGAUUAUUUGUUUCUUGAAGGUAACCCCAGACUAGCGCUUCAAUAUGUGCCCACCCAACCGCUUUCCCAUUAAGCUGGAUGCUGGCAGAUGAGAUCCAGAAGAUGUGAUUGACAAAUGCAAUUGAUUUAAUCUUGGUUCGAGGGCAACUUGACCUCAAACUGUAACUGGCAUGAUUGUAUUUACUGAUUACAUCUUAUACUUCUCCUGUGGCUUACAGGAAAAGCAGUGCAGAUGGCAGGAAUUAAUUUGAAUCAGUGCAAGCAUGGCAGUGUUCCUAGAAUGCAUUGGUUUUAUUUGCAUUGGAUUAACAUCGGAGAUUAACCUUUCUCUUUGGUGAAGUGUUUUAAAUAUCCUUUUGCCUCUUUGAUUUCUCCAGAAGAGCUCAUGAAAACAAUAUUUGAAGAGCUGAAGUAAGUUAGAGGGGAAAGUUCUUAUUCAAAUAUUUAUAUUCUUGUGUGAAAAUUUGGCCACUUAAAAAUAUCAGAAACUAAAUUUUGAAUGUGAUUGAUUUCAUCUUUUGAUCAACCUGUAAAUGUUAGUAUUCAAAGUCUGACAGAAAGCCUUGUGUUUUGAUUUCCCAUUCUGGUACCUAGGGCCAUUUUUGAUGUCAUUUCUUUGGUUUUAAAUCCCAGAAAAUACAUGAAUGAGAAGGAAGAGAUGUUAGGGAUUUCUGGUGUGAUCUGUUAGAUAGUUUAGGAAGGGAAAUUGUCAUUAUGAUGAGACUCCUGUCUAUAUAAGUUGCAGUCUUCUAUCACUGCAAAGCUGGAAUUUUGGGGGAAAGAUAUUUCACAGAUGCUGUGCUCUGAUUCUCAUUUAAAUUUGCAAAUUAAGUGUGAUGGUCAGCUCUAUUAUUAUCAGUGAGUCUUUUACUUAACCUGAUAAUGAACUUUGUGAGGUAAAAAUGGUUAUUAGUGAGGGAGGUACCUGAAAAUCUAUGUCAGAAUGAGUAUCUUCUGGCAAUGAAGCUAGAGGAUGGGCUGUAGCCAGCUGACUGAGGCCUUUCUUCUCCCCAUUCCCUUCUUUCUUGAGUCAUGUCCUGCAGAAUACAGCUGUUCCAUGUCUCUAAAGUAGUUGGCCAUGCCAGUAGUUGGCCAAUGGGCCAAUCACAAAAUGUUAAGAGGUUCCAAAUUAAGCAUUAUGUCCUUGAUAGAGGCAGCUGUUUCCAAACAAGUGCUCCUUGUAGACUCGUGGCUCUUCUUAAGCACCUCCUUCUCCAGUGUGAGGAAAGAAAGCGUGAAGGGGUCCUUUGCUUUGGGGAAGGGGAAAAUGACUGUUGUGAAACACAUCAGUGGGAAUCUUGGUGCUCACUGGCACAACAGUGGGGAUCACUGGCCUAGACUGGGCUGGUGUAGAAAGUAGGAUUUAGAUACAGGGUGCAGGUGAAGCAAAGCGCUGGUGGGAAAGCAAAGAUUCCUUAAAAAGCAAACAAUUUGGUGGAGGAUCACUCGCGUGGUAUCACUGUUUCCAGAUUUGCUGCUUUCAUCACUGAAAUCUAAAUAAAUGAAUCACUCAUGCUUUCCCUUUUUUAUCCUUUCUCAUCUAAGGCUUAAUCCAACAUUAGUUAAAUGUGGAGGGGGGAGGGGACAUCCAAAAAAUGGAACUUGAUUCUUGAACUCUGGGAUCAGUAUGUACUAGACCCUGAAAGGGAAAGCAGGGAUGUGAUGCUUGAGUUCCAAAAUUACACAUUCAGGCUAUGAUUCUCAGAUAGCCCUGUGUCUCAGUUUCCCCCUUGUAAAUUCAGGUUAAAAGUCGUCUUUUUACCUUAUGGUAGUGUGCUAAGAAUAGAGGUUUCACUGGCUUACCCUUUCUUCAUGUAAACACAUCUCCCUGUUUUCAGAAUAAAUGACAAACAUCCAACGACAAA